CAAUCAGUUUGUUGCGUCGAGUCGUUCUGAGCGGAGGAAAGAACACACGCGCUCGGGUGUGACACUGUGUGACGUCGGGCGUGAAAUUAUUAUUGUUUCGUCGUGACACGAACGGCUUGACGAAGGAGGAUCUGCGAAGCAGAACGAUCGCCGUUUCGUAAUUCGUGUGAUAAUCGGGUCGACCAAGUAGGCGAGUCGCGAUUGAGAGUGUAUUUUGUCGUGGAGCCCUUAUCAGUUAUCAGACUCUGAAUGAGCUGACCAAGUGAGAGUACAAAAGCUUGAAAAAAAGAGUGACUACGGAGGUGAUAAGAAGUUUUCAAUGAACGCAAAACGCGCGCGUUUGUAGUGAAUAAGAGUUGGAAAAAUAAGCGAAAACUGCACGAGCAUCAAGCCAAGAAGCGAAGAACACGAAGACUGAUACCGAGAAAUAAUACUAAACCAACAAAUAAAACUCGACACCCUGGGCCUGGGUGGGUGCACGAAAACACCACACGACCGUCGAGCUAGUGUGAGUGAAGAACAACAACAACAACGACGCAAAUCACCAAGAAGAAGCAGUUUGAUUCAUUCAUAAAAAUCUUACUCGCGCUUUUUUUUCUGUUAUUUUGUUGCAUUUCAUUUAUAUGCGCACACACGAACGUCGUCAAUCCGAGUAGGCUGAAGUGAUUCGCGGGCGCGCGUGUGUGUGUUUUGGGGAGCGACGCCGCGAAUCAAAGAAGGCGGCGUGCGCGCGUUUGUGUUGGUGGCUGGCACGCUUAGGCGUAGUAGGCCCAAUUUAUAGUGCGAAUUUAGGGCCAAAAUUAGAAUCGAGUGAUUUCAAGGGGAUUGCACGGGAAAGAGGUGUGUAAUUAAGAUCACACCUCGCAGUGUUUGUGUAUGUGUGUGUGCGAGACAGAUGAGCGAUGGCCGCGAAAAUAAGGUGCACUUUGUGUCAUUAUUAGAAGAUCGGCAGUGAUCGGCGUGUUUGGUAAACAAAAGUGUCAGAAGUGAGAAUUGAGUGGCAGCGGCUUGGAUAUUUUGUUUCGAGCGGAUUUGUAAUUGAACGUCGGAACGUCGUCGUCGUCGUCUGAAGCGCGGCCAUUAGUUGGUGCGCCUCAAACCGCGAGUGACCGCACUCUUUCUGGGGCUCCUCGCAAGCAAUGGAACUGGAGGCAGCGUACGAAGCACUAGCGGACUACUCGCUCCAGGAGGCUCCCUUCUACGAGGCACCGCUCAAAGCGCCGGUUCCGGCGACGGAGGCCGACCAGCAAAAUCCGCUGCUUUCGUUUCGCAGCGCCCUGUUUAACGCCCAGUUCCAGCGUGACAUAAUGGCUGCGUCCUCGCUGAUGUUGCCCGCCAACAGUGGCGCCACCGGCGGCAAGGGCAUGCAGCUCAACGGUGGAAUGCAGUCCGCCCUGGUGCCGGCCCUGGCCUCUUCCACGGGCAAGCCCAAGAAGAACAUGAAAAAGUCCGUCAGCUUUCUGCCAACGUUUGUACAGAGCUACGAUGGCGAGUCACAGAUCCAGCUGAAGCAGGAACCCAUGGAUGAGGGACCACCGCACCAUGGACGGAACAUCCAGAAGGUGCCGAGCCUGUCGGAUUUGAGCGAUCCGGAAGCGUCACUAGAUGUACCGACACAGAUGCCACCGCUGACGCCCGGCACCAACAAGAAGCUCACCGAGGUCCUGUACGCGUCCUUUGCCUCCUGGGAGAAGGUCGUGCAGUCGUGCAAAAUCACCAAAGAUCCCCGACAAUGGACCGCCGAGCAUGUGAUCAUCUGGCUGAACUGGUCGAUCAAGGAGUUCUCGCUGGAAAGUGUCAACAAAGAGCCGUUUCUGAAGAUGAGCGGCCGCGAUAUUGUCGGGCUCGGCCGGGAGGGUUUCCUGGCGAUUGCGCCACCCUUCACCGGAGACAUCCUGUGGGAGCAUCUGGAGCAGCUGCAAAAAGAUUGCGAGAAAGCCCUGCAGGACAACAACAGCAGUUCCUCGGCGGCCAGCGCCCUGUACGACUGCGGCUCGACGGGGGCGGCCAGCAGCGGCGUCAGCGAGCUCAGCGAGUACAACAGCGCCCUGCAGCGGCUAAGCAGCCAACAGCAGCAGCAGGAUCAGCACUUUAACGGCAAUAACAGCGGCACGUCGUCCACGUCAACGACGACUAGUAGCGGCAGCGGCAGUGCUGCCAGCAAUUCCAACAACAGCAGCGGUUACACGUCCCUCCACGAUCGCAGCAAUAGCUCUCCCCCGCCACUGGGCCAGCAACCGUCCAGCAACCAGCAGCAACAGCACUCCGGAAGUUCCGGUGGUGGAGGUGGGGGAGGAGGCGGCGGCGGCGGUGGCAAUAGUAAUAACAUCAGUACCAGCACAAACAACUCAUCAUCCUCCGCAAACAACAGCAGCAGCACCACCACCAGCAACAGCAUGUCCUCGUAUCUGAGCUCGAUGGCGGCGGCGGCGGCCCGGAGUGCGGCCAACAAUAGCAGCAGCAGCAGUAGCGGCAACUACUCGAGCAGCAACAGUGCAAACACCCCGUCGACGACCUCCUCCAGCGGCGGCAACCACCCGCAGAUGAAGGAAGAGCACGAGCCGAACAGCUUCAUCAACAUCGAUGAUCUUCCGAACUUUGGCGUCGUGCCAGGUCACUACGAGGACCAGGACCAGUACCACUCGCUGCCCCAGCCGGAGACGCAAACGCCCAGCCACGGCUACCUGGAGAACAGUCCGGAGUUUUACUCGGCGAUCCAGAUGGAGCAGAAGUACAUGGCGCCGCACUACAAGAGCGGUCCGUACACGAGCCGGGGCGGCCGGUACCACCAGCCGCAUCAUCACAGUGGGGGAUCGACGGCGACGGCCGGUGCGGGCACCGGUUCGCAAAACAGUCACAGCCACCACGGUGGACACGGGGGUCACGCCAGCAGUCAGCACCAUCACCAUCCGCACCACGACGGGUACCACGAGUACAGCUCGCCGUACGACACGCCGCCGUUCCAGACCGUGCCGAGUAAUACGACGUCACCGCAGGGCAGCACGGGGAACAACAACAAUGACAGUACGGGCCUGGGGGGACACUUGGAUCCGUGGAGCCAGUUGCACGGCCAUCCGGGUCAACAUCCGGGCCAUCCGGGUGCGCAUCCGUCCCUGCUGGACUUCCAGCAUCCGGCGUACAUGGGCACUACGAUGGGCUUCGACAAGACCAUGCUCGGAACGUACGGUGCGCAGGGUGGAGCGCCCUGCUUCACCGGUUCCGGCCCCAUCCAGCUGUGGCAGUUUCUGCUGGAGCUGCUCACCGACAAGACCUGCCAGAACUUUAUCUCCUGGACCGGCGACGAGUGGGAGUUUAAGCUGACCGAUCCGGAUGAGGUUGCUCGCCGAUGGGGCGUCAGGAAAAACAAGCCAAAAAUGAACUACGAGAAGCUGAGCCGAGGCCUGCGGUACUACUACGAUAAAAACAUUAUCCACAAGACCGCCGGCAAGCGCUACGUGUACCGCUUCGUAUGUGAUCUACAGACUCUGCUAGGAUACUCAGCCAAACAAGUGCAUGAAAUGGUGGACCUUAAACCUGACAAAAAGGACGACGAGUAGAGGGUUAAAACAAGGCAAAGUUAAAAUGCAUUGUGUAACCACCUCCCACUUCCUGUCCUAGAAGGGAUAGUGUGCCGCUCAAGGACCGAUUUUCGCUCGGAGAAACGUCAAGUAUUCGCUGGCAACACUGCAGGCUGGACCGUCACACACCAACUCAGACUAAAAAACACACACAUUAAUCGUGCUUCCAUUUGUGAGAAAGAAAAAAAAAACACACUUUAAGAUCGUUACCCCCCUUCCCCCUCUACUGUUUCUAUUGAUUUUAUCUCGGAAACUCUUCCAAAACAAACGUACUUCAAUCGCCGAGGGAAAACAACUAACGAAAAGAAAAAAAAACCAAAACAAAAUCGAGAAGGAAAAGAUUUCCCUACUUUUUAGUACACCUUGUUCUAAAAUAAAUGAAGCGUACUCCCUCUUUCAGUGUACAGUGUGAGAAAUGGUAGGAAACAAGCGUAACUUAAUUUUACUUAAAACUGCAUGCAAAGAAGAGUCAAUACUGCUGCGCAGCGAAAAACAUUACGUUGCACGACAAAGUUAGAAUCGAAGGAUGUGAGAGCUAAAAGGGGGAAAGAAACAAAUUUUAUUUUUAUUAUUUUUUAGUUAAAACAAUUAUUUGUGAAGCUUUGUGAUAAGUUUUUUUUCUAUUUUAGAUAUACUUUCAACAUAUAUAUAAAUGUAUGAUUAUUAUUAAUUAUUAAAAGAAAAGCAAAUGAGAUAGUUUAAACAAUCAAGCAGAUUUAGAGAAAUCUGAAAAAGCAGUAUAAAAUAAAGCAUGUGAAUGUUAUUUGUAAUAAAAAAAAACUAUUUAGUAGAAAGAGACAAAAAGUGCGCAAAUGUGAGCGAAUGAGAAUUUAUGAAAAAACAACAACAAACAGUUAGUGUAGCUCCCUCUUCUCGUUUUUUUUCACCAAAUCAUCGUUCGAAAUUUUGAAAGUUAAGAAGAAGAGUGGAAGCAGCUGAUCUCCCCGCAAGAAAAAAAAUCAAGAAACAAUGCCUCCCCCUUUUAUCCCACAACCUGUCCCUUUCCCGGGAGCAGAGGAAAGAAAAAUCAUAGUACUAUCUAGAGCUUAAAUCGUGCUGUUCGUGUUUAUAUAAAAUAUUAUUUUUAAAACAAAAAGUAAAACCCUAAAAAAAUAAAAACCAAUCGCUGUGUCCGCGAGAGAGAGAGAGAGAGCGAAAGAGCACGAGAGCUUUGUGAGUGGGUGAGCGAGCGAGCGAGAGUAUUAGCGAAGCUGUGUAGUAAAAUGUAAGUGAUUUAAGUAAAGUAAAAUAUCAUUGUAAACCAAGCAAACAAACAGGCAAACAAAAAAAACAGGUCAACAAUAAAGUGCGUUGUAACGCGAGGGUGGUCCUGGCGCUUCUCUCCGGGUGAGUCCUUUGGGCCAAGCGACAAAGCGUUUCUAAAGGUUCCAAAAGAAAAAGGAUGGCAAGCAACGUUUUUUUUUCAAAUUGGUGCGAUAUUAGAAGCGAGUAAAACGACGGAUUUCAACAAAGUAUUUAUAAAACGGUGUAAUAUACGUGUUUGCCAAUUUUGUAGAAAACUAUUUUUUAGUUUGUUGUGUGAGCCUCACAUAAACUUUUUCUUUUGGAAUUUUUAAACAUGUGUCGUCUUGAAAAAGGGCUCAUAAAAUACAGAAGAGCAGGGAGUCAUCUUGUAUUACGAUGUUAGAAAAAAAAAA